UAUACAUUAGCAAGAGAUAACGCCUGGCACUAGAGCACGUUGUUCUCGUGAGGCAACUUAGGCAAGGGCAGUUGUGAUGUGACCGGUGAGGGAAGAGGUUGUGUCGCGCAACAGCAACAGGGAGAAGAAGAAGUCACAGACACACACACACACAGAGACAAGAGGAAUAAAAUGAACAUCGCCUCUUUGUAAACAACACCAACGACGAGAAACAACAUUGAAUCUCUUCCUAAAAUCACUCUUGAAAAAACCCACGAUACUUCCUAUCACGAUGUCUGAGAAGGAGGCGAAAAACGACAAUACGGGUGAUACGAACGAGGAGAAAGGUACGGUGAAAGAAGAAACGACAGAUAAGGAAGAAUUGGAUAGGGGAAUGAAGAACGAUAAUAAGGAGAGACAGGCGAAGGAGGUGGAGGAAGGGACGGGAGGAGGCAGCAGCAGUAGUGAGAUGUUCCAAACUAUCCUCCGCCAUGUGGGAGACUACGGCAAGUGGCAGUGGCGGGUCGGCAUCAUCACGUCUUUCUGUGGGGUCUUUACCGCCUUCCACAACCUAGCUGCCGCGUUCCUCUGCGCCAUCCCUGACCAUUGGUGUGAGGUGCCUGGCCUCCAACACGUUAAUACUACACUUGACCUCCGCAACAUCUCCAUACCAUGGGAAAUCAACACAGACGGGAAAGCCAAGUACUCCUCCUGCAGCUAUUAUAACAGGGACUGGGACGCUCUGGUGGCUAGCGGGGCCCUCAGCGGAGACACUCUACCAGACCUUCCCACCAACGUCUCCACCAACACCUGCCAUGACUGGGACUACAAUCACACCGUCUACAAAACCACUGUUGUAGAAGAGUGGGACUUGGUGUGUGACGAGAGAUACCUCACGUCAGUCGUACAGUCCACUUACAUGGCGGGAGUGUUGGCGGGCGCUGUCAUCCUCAGUGAACUUUCAGACAAGUUCGGGCGUCGCACCAUCGCGCUGUUGUCAUCAGUGGGGAUCUUGGUGUCGUCUGUGUGUGUCACCUUCACAACACACUAUGUCGCCUUCAUCAUCCUCCGCUUCCUCGUCGCGGCCUUUGGUUCCGGCGUCUUCCUACCUAACUUCGUCAUCUUGAUGGAGGUGGUAGGGCCGGAAGGACGCACCACCAUGGGUAUGAUGUACCAGGGAUUCUUCAGCAUAGGUUUUAUGGUCCUACCGGCUAUCGCUUACUUCGUCAGGGAGUGGCGUUACCUCCAGCUGUAUAUCUCUGUACCCAGCGUCAUCCUCCUCCUGUACUACUGGUGGCUGCCGGAGUCUCCUCGUUGGUUGAUAAUGCAGGGCCGCCACCAGGAGGCCUUCGAGAUCCUGAAGGAGGCAGCCAGGGUCAACGGUGGCUCAAUGCCUCAGAAGGAAGAGAUGGACGUUCUUAUGGCUCACGUCAAUAAGGAGGAGGAAGACAAUGAUGUUAGCGGUAAAGAAAAAAAAAUACUGCAACUGGAAAAUGAACUGGACGAGAAGACCCAAGCCAAGCUGACGCAGACCAGAGUGUUCAAGAAGGUCACCCAGUUCUUCAAGAGCAUUAUCACGUUACUGAGCACCAAGAACAUGCGACGGAGGUGUCUGAUCAUCUUCUUCGCGUGGUUCGUCGUCAGCAUGGUGUACUACGGUCUGGCCUUCAGCGGGGGCAACAUAAACGCCUCUAUAUACCUCAUCGUCUUCCUCUCUGGCGUGGUCGAGAUCCCAUCAUAUAUACUCGUGUGCUGGACGCUGAAGAAGUUUGGUCGGCGACUGAACCUGUGUGUGUUGUUCCUUAUCUGUGGGGCAGCUUGUCUCCUCAUAAUGGCGGUGCCCAAAGAGCAUGUAUGGGUGAACCUGUCGCUGGCCACGGUGGGGAAGUUCUUCAAUUCUUCAGCCUUCGGCGUGGCGUACAUAUACUCGGCGGAACUGGUACCUACGGGCGUCAGGAAUAUUGCCGUGGGCACUUCCUCAAUGUGUGCCAGGAUAGGCUCGGCCCUCGCGCCCUUUAUCGUCGACCUCAUGGGUGAAAUGCACUACACGGUCCCCUCGACGGUCUUUGGUCUCCUUUCAAUCACCGCCGGUCUCCUCGCUCUCCUCCUGCCUGAGACUGGCAAGACCCGACUGCCUGAGACCGUGGAGGAGGUGGAAGCCAUGCCCAGGUAGAGAGGCAGAGGAGAGAACUAUACGACCUUGGGACGCUGGAGGGAGUACAGUCUUCCUGUGUGACUCCCUACUCGCAGGAUGUAAACAAUGCUCUCGUAAGGGGAUUUGGACGAAGGCAAAGGAAGACAGGACGUGAGGGAAAAGUUUGGAGGAAAGGAUUUAGAUGAAUAAAGUGUCACAUUAGGAAGACAAUUACGAAAUGAAGAAAGGUUAGAGAUGUGAGGAACGAAUCCUAGGGGGUAUGUGGUGGGAUGAGACUUACUAAGGUGCGAGAAGACGGAGGAGACAGGAUGUAGUCAUAAUAAAGUCUCGUGGAAACUUGUAGGUAAUGACAAAGGGACCCGGAAAAGACAGGUAAUGACAUGAGUAGAACUUGAUAUAACAAUAGGGAAAACACACAGCGCGAAGGCACUAGGCACGGCGUGAGGAAAGCACUAGGAACGAGUUUGUAAGUUCGUAAGUUCAUCUCUCACAAAUAAAGCUCCCCUAAAAGCCAAAAGAAAAAGUCGUAUGAAAAACUUCGUCUGGCGUAGCUCACAUAAUCAGGUGAUCAUCAGAGGGAAUGAGGACUCCAGACGUUGAUGGUUCAUACUGGCGAUGUCUUAACGACACGGGUCUAAAAGUUUUCACCAUGUAGAUAAGAACACAAUGAAUUCUUGCUUAUAGCCACUGAUAUUUACCACAUAUUAUAAAGGCGCGGUCACACGUGCCAAUUAUAAUUAUCGACGGGAAAUCAACGCUGUGGUUAGUCAACGGUUUUCACUGUUCGAAAGUUGUCUAUUGAGACCAUUUUCCGUCGCCCGUAUUGAUCUUUGUAAUUCUGUAGUAUUAUUUCGGAAAGUAUCCUUCAUAAACUAUCCCCAUUUAUGACUGAAAUUUAUCUUAGCUAGAAACAUAUUUUCUGUAUUACAUGUAUGGUAUACAAGUUAGACGUAGGUAAUUAUUGUUAAAAUACAAAUCACGACGAGACCUUAUUUGAUACGAGACGGUGAUGCGGGAGUCUGAUCUACAACUCUACAGUCUCCCAGUAAAUAUGGAUUCUUGGCUAUGACUGAUAUCACUAGGCGUAAAAAUUCCUGAAAUUUGGUCUUACUCAUGCGAUGACAAAUCAUAGAAUGAUUUGGAGUCUUCCAGACCGACUUCUUGUACUAGAUUAUGGUACUGUACACACUGUUACCGUCUUUUCUUGUGUUAACCUUCUAUAACUAAACUGCGCCUGUUAUUAGGGCAGAGAUAGCUGCUGCGUCUCGUACGAGGAUGUCAUUGCUUGUUUUGGUUACUGAAACGGUCAUCAAGUGUGUAAGAUGGCUCUUUUUCUUGUGACCACUGGGUCGACGAAAUCGUCAUUCACUGCCUGUCGAUAAAACUGUUUCAACGACUGUGAUCAACGGAACAUGCUAGUGUGACCGCGUCCAAGUUAUCCACUAAACUAUCCCCGAAAGAUUGACGUUAUGAAGUUAUUACUGCGCUUCAACAGUUACUACCCCCAAAGGUUCUCAGUAAAUCUGUUUUCCAUUCUUGCUGAUUUAUCUUUUUCGACAGCGCGUAAAUUAUGUAAUAUAUAUCAAAAAACAGCACAAGCCAACGUCCCAAAAACUUGUAUGUAAAAAAAGUGUAUUCUAUAUUUCUCCCAUCAUAUUAAAUACUUUCUAAGAGAUUACCUUAUAUUAUAAUUGUUUACGUUUUACUUUUAGCUGUAGCUUAGUUGAGCUGGAGUGAGGCGACACAGGGCAAGUCUGUGUAUCCAGCGUGAGUUCGGUUUACAGCCGUCUGCGAUGUGAUCCAGUGAAAUGUAAUAUUAAAGUGGGUUUUUUUAGGAUAUCUGAACACGAAUGUAUUAAUCAAAUUUAUGUAAUUCUAUAUAAUAACACAAGGUAUUAUUAUUAUUAUUAUUAUUAUUAUUAUUAUCAUCAUCAUCAUCGUCUUCAUUAACAUCAUUACUAUAAGUUUAUCGUCUUAAUUCAUGUGAGAGAAAUGUGAACUAGAUGCCGGAAAAAAAUUAAAAAGAAGUCGUUG